GACUUAAAAAGCAUAUAAUGACACAGUACAUACUUUAUUGUACAUGGCAUGCCAAAUUCACAAAAAUGAGCAUAACAGUUUGACAAUCGAUAAACCACUGUAGGUUUACUUUUGGAUUCUCUAGAUACGAUACGUUCUCCAAGAGAGAACCCUUUAUCCGGGAUACGACCUCUCAGUGAUACGAAUUAUCCUUAUACCGCAAUGAUGGCGUCGGGAACAUCUGCACAACAACAAAACGUUAGUGAAGCACCAGAAGAAGAUGCGGCGGAACUACAGUUUCCCAAGGAAUUUGAAAAUGCGGAGACACUUUUGAUAUCUGAAGUUCAGAUGCUACUAGAACACAGAAAAACACAGAACGAGAGCGCUGAGGAAGAGCAGGAAUUGUCUGAAGUAUUCAUGAAAACUCUGAACUACACCAGUCGUUUCUCCAAAUUCAAGAACAGGGAAACCAUUUCUGCCAUACGCAGUGUAUUGAUGCAGAAGAAGCUGCACAAGUUUGAGUUAGCAGCACUUGCUAAUUUGUGUCCAGAUAAUGCAGAAGAGGCCAAGUCACUUAUUCCAAGUCUAGAGGGAAGAUUUGAAGAUGAAGAAUUACAACAACUACUGGAAGAUAUAAAGACCAAGAGAAGUUUCCAGUAUUGAGGAAGAUUACUUUUCAUUUGGAUUAUGAAUGAUUUCCGACAGGCAGCAGAUAUAGACACUGAUCAUGUGACAUUGAUAUUCCGACUUGCUUUAGAAGCCUCAUUGAACUUAUUCGGAUUCCUCAUGUCACACCGGUAUGCUGAUCACUGUAAGCUUCCAUUGCAGACACUCAGGUUGUCAGGAAAUAUAAAGGGGAGGCAUGUACAAUUGUAAAGAAAUUAUAAUUUUGGGGGGCAUAAAUCAUGAAUAUGAAACAGUUCUUUUUGAACACAUGUUAUUUUCAUUUGUUCAAUCAACCAUGAGCAAUGGUCUGAUGAUCGUACUUUGUUAAACAUGUACUUUAAUAAAUAUGUAAAUUUACA